AUGAUUCUAGGAGUGUUAAAACUCGGCAUCCAUUCAUCUGUCAAGAGUUUUCCGUCAGGAAAUCCAAGUCGUUUGGUUUACUCUGGCAUUCUCAGCAAAAUAAGGCAUCUGCGAUGCUAUUCGAGUUCCGAUCAAAGCAAGACUCCAGAGGUCCCAAAACCACCCAACAAUUUAGAUAGAGUGCACAAGGUCAUAGCCAAGUCGCGGUUUUUGCGGAAACUCAAUGAAAAACCAAGAUUUAAGGCCUAUUUCGACAAAUUGGGCCAGACUAGUCCCGUCAGCACUAUCACCUCAUUUUUGAUUUUGCAUGAAAUAACGGCAAUCGUGCCGCUAUUUGCAUUGUGGUGGGUAUUGUACAAGCUCAACUUGGAGGAACAGUAUAAUCUGCCAGUAUAUUUCAAGGACUUGUUGAACCAGUGCGGGGACUCAAUUCAAAAGUUGGUUGACAAUUACGACGAAGGUUUUGACCGCAACCGUCUCGUCUUGUCAGGUGCGAUCUCGUACGCCGUAGUGAAAAUACUCUAUCCUAUAAGGGUGCUAAUAAGUCUCUGGGCUGCUCCUUUCUUCUUCAAGUGGAUCAUAGCUCCAUUUCAAAAAGUUGGCAAGCUUUUCAAAAAGCCUCCAACCAAGACUUCUGAUUCGUAA